UGAGGGUAAUAAGGGCAUUAUGAAAAAGGGCUUUUCUUAUAUUUUAUUUAUUGAUUUAUCCCCAAAUUAUUUGUUCACCGUUAUCGUCAUCAGGCAAUUGGUGCUCUUCCUGCUCCGUUUCAUUUUCAGCAGGACCUCAUUUUUUCAAAGGGUUUCUGUCCCCGAUUUAGGAAGUAUUAAAUUUAUUGGUGAUUUGUGGGGAUUGGGAAAAAAUAUAUUUCCCUACUCAGAUGGAUCGGGAGAGGCUCAUGAAGAUGGCAAGUGCUGUUCGCACUGGUGGAAAAGGAAGCGUGCGCAGGAAGAAGAAGGCUGUUCACAAAGCCACUACUACUGAUGAUAAAAGGCUUCAGAGUACCUUGAAGAGGAUUGGGGUUAACACCAUCCCGGCCAUUGAAGAAGUUAACAUUUUCAAGGAUGACGCUGUCAUCCAGUUUCUUAAUCCCAAAGUUCAAGCUUCAAUUGCUGCCAACACCUGGGUUGUUAGUGGUUCUCCUCAAACAAAAAAAUUGCAAGAUAUUCUCCCAGGGAUCAUUAACCAACUAGGGCCAGAUAACUUGGAAAACCUAAGGAAGCUUGCGGAACAGUUUCAAAAGCAGCAACCACCUACCGCUGGACAGCCAACGCAAGAUGAUGAUGAUGAUGAAGUCCCAGAACUUGUUGCUGGUGAAACCUUUGAAACUGUUGCGGAAGAUAGUCAUACUUGAGCUGGUUGUUGGAAUGUGUCCUAAUAUCGUAUCGCUUGGUCUUUCUAUGCCUUUCUUCCCUUUGGCUCUUGUGAUAUAAACCUCGCACUCAUCAUGUUGAGAUUUUUUUCAAAUCCAGUGAAAGAAUUGUAGAAA